CAGGUCUGGGCUGCAAAAGUAUGGCAGCUGCUGAGGCGGCGGUCGUAUCGUCGUCAUCCUUGAAACCAGACACAGCCCCAGUCCCCGAAAGUGCAGGAAUGGCUGCAGCCACCGCCGCCACAUCCUCAGCGAUGGCUGCAGCCGCGGCGGUUGCGGCCAGGAGCGGAUCCGAAGCCAGGGUCUCCAAGCCCGCGUUGGCUACUAAGCUGCUGUCCCUGAGCGGCGUGUUCGCCGUGCACAAGCCCAAAGGGCCCACUUCAGCCGAGCUGCUGAAUCGGCUGAAGGAGAAGCUGCUGGCAGAAGCUGGAAUGCCUUCUCCAGAAUGGACCAAGAGGAAAAAGCAGACUUUGAAAAUUGGGCAUGGAGGGACUCUAGACAGUGCAGCCCGAGGAGUCCUGGUGGUUGGAAUUGGAAGGGGAACAAAACUGUUGACCAGUAUGUUGUCAGGGUCCAAGAGGUAUAUUGCCACUGGCGAACUGGGGAAAGCUACUGACACGCUAGAUUCUACAGGGAAAGUAACAGAAGAAAAACCUUACGAUAAAAUAACACAGGAAGAUAUUGAAGGCAUUCUACAGAAAUUUACUGGGAAUAUAAUGCAAGUACCUCCCCUCUAUUCUGCAUUAAAGAAAGAUGGACAGAGACUUUCAACUUUGAUGAAGAGGGGUGAAGUAGUAGAAGCAAAACCUGCCAGGCCAGUUACCGUGUACAGUCUUUCCCUUCAAAAAUUCCAGCCACCAUUUUUCACAUUAGAUGUUGAAUGUGGAGGAGGUUUUUAUAUCAGAAGCUUGGUCAGUGACAUUGGCAAAGAACUGUCUUCCUGUGCCAAUGUGCUGGAGCUGACCCGAACCAAACAGGGACCCUUUACACUGGAGGAGCAUGCCCUUCCCGAAGACAGAUGGACAAUUGAUGACAUUGCACAGUCUCUCGAGCAGUGCUCAUCCCUUCUCCCAGCAGAGAUGGCACUUAAAAAGUCAAAACCUGAGGAGUCUAGUGAGCAAGUUUUGAGCUGUGAGUACAUAACUCUAAGUGAGAUAAAGGGAGAAGAUGAUGUAAUUAAGACAUUUUAAGUUUGGCUUGGGAUUGUCUUCAUUUCCUGGUUGACAUUUGAAUCCUGUGUGCAGAAUGACAAGCUGUGUGCCAAGACAAACGAUUCUUUUUUUUUUUUUUUUUUUUUUGCAUGAAGAAAAAUGUCCAUCAUUUAUGGUUUCUACGGUGCACAAUUUAUCUGCUGUACAUUAUAAAUAGCCUUGCAGUUGUUCAGUUCUUGCUGUACUAUAGAAUGUU